AUGUCGAACUACAGAAUAUGGUCGGAGCUUAACUCCGAUGUUCUGAAAUUGAUCCUGGAACGUUUGGACAUCAUCAGUAACCUCAGAGCUCGAUGCGUUUGCAAGAACUGGUACAGAGUUUGCAAACAAAUAUCUUCCGUGCAGGACACGUUUCCAUGGGUGAUUAUUUUCCCUCCAAAAAGACCAAAGAGCAAUUCUUGUCACUUGUUCAAUCCCCAAGAAAAUAAAUUUUACAAACUGAGCAAUCUCGGUAAAGACUUCUCUGCUAACCGAUGUAUCGCGACUUCGGGAAGCUGGCUUUUAAUGUUAGACAUUCGAUCGAGUUUAUACGUCUUGAAUCUUUUCACACGCGAGACAAUCGAUCUUCCGCCAUUAGAGUCACACCAAGGGAGGCUACGUGUUAUGAGAUUCGAAGACAAUACAUUCAGCUUCUUGAUCAAUCAAUCGUACUCGUACAUAGACGCAACAAAAGCUCUAAGCCAGACAAAAGCGGUUUUAUGGGUCGAUGAAAAAACCAAAGAUUACAUUGUCGUCUGGUCGAUAGGUCUCUUCUAUAUAAUGUUCACUAGACGUGGAAACGAUUCAUGGAGAGAGAUACCUACAAGAGAAGGUCCUGAGAGUCUCCAUGGAUGUCAAGAUCUUGUCUACAAGGAAAACAAGCUUUACGUUUUAACUUGUCAAAACCAGAUCAGAAUCUUGAAUUUCUCUCAAGAACUCCCUAGAGCGAUACCGGAAAACGUUCAUCAUGAUCCGUUUAAGUAUGAAAGUCAAUGGCGUAGUAAGAUCGGGGUUACUGUCUCUGGAGAUGUUUUGCUUGUUUGGAAUCGGUUGAAUCAGAUUUUCAAAAUUCUUAAGUUGAAUGUAGAAGAAGGGACAUGGGAUAAAGUGGAUUCAUUAGGGGGUGAAUCUUGGAUUACUGAUCUUGGUGUGACUGUACCAGCAAUUGAAGAGACCAAACCAAACUCGAUUUAUUACACUUGUAGUGGAAAUAAGUUUGUUUAUUGUGGCGAUGUUUCGACUCAAUCGUUGGAGAGGUUUCCAAAUUUUAACACAAAUUUUAACUUUGGUUACGCGAGGUGGUUUAUUCCUUGUCUUCGUGAGCUAUGA